AUGCUGUCAAACAUAUCGAAGCUUUUCGACCCGCUCGGUUGGUUAUCUCCGAGUACAAUUAAAGCAAAACUGCUAUUUCAACGACUUUGGAGUGAGCAUACGGAAUGGGACCAAUUAUUGUCACCAGAUAUUCAACACGAGUGGAGUAAACUAAAGGAAGAAUUAAAGAACAUAAGUAAAAUUAAAAUUCCGAGAUGGGUCGGCAAUACUCAAUCUUUAGUACAGCUACACGGCUUCGCAGAUGCCUCAGAAAGGGCUUAUGCGGCCGUAAUUUACAUCAAAACCUAUAAUGAGCAUAAGAAACCCAGGAUACAUCUCAUAGCAGCGAAAACAAAGCUAGCCCCACAGAAGAAACGUAUUACAUUGCCACGGCUGGAAUUAUGUGGAGCUGUUUUGUUAUCUAAAUUGAUGCAAAAGGUUAUUGUUUCGAUGUCAUUAGCUCAGGACAAAUUACAAAUUCAUGGCUGGACGGACUCAAUGGUUGUCUUGGGCUGGAUUCAUGGCAAUACUGCAAGAUGGAAAACAUACGUGGCGAACAGAGUGAAUGAAAUAAUUAAGGUCAUACCAUCAUCCUGCUGGAGGCAUACUAAAUCAGAGCAUAAUGCAGCUGACUGUGCCACGCGAGGACUUUCACCAUCUCAACUAUUAUCGUAUUCCCUAUGGUGGAAUGGACCCUCGUGGCUCAAGGAGAACAAAGAGUAUCCACCAGAAAAAUAUGAAGCUCCGGAAUUCGAACUGAAGACCAAACCUCGGAUAUGUGCUGCAGAGACUACUCAUUCACCGUUUAUCAGUAAGCUUCUAUAUAAAUACAGCUCAGUUACAAAGGCGACCCGCGUGCUAUGUCGAGUGUUACGUUUCAUAACUAACGCUCGCGAGCGCGUGCGAGACAAUAGCAAUUUCUAUCCAAGUUAUAUCACUGUGAAUGAAAUUAAAUAUGCUACUAAAUUAAUAAUUAAAUCAAUUCAGUUAGAUAACUUUGCGCAAGAGAUAGAACAAUUAAAGAGAAACGGCAACAUUUCACGGAAAAGCGCAAUUAUAAGUUUAAACCCAUUUCUUGACAAAGAUGGCAUUUUGAGAAUGAAGGGAAGAUUGCAACAUUCUACAUUACCUACAACCAGCAAGCAACCGAUUGUACUUCCCUAUCACUCACGGUUGACGGACCUGCUUAUACUGGAAGCUCAUCACACUACUUUACAUGGUGGAGUUAAACUGACUUUGGCAUACAUAAGAAACAAAUAUUGGAUUAUUAGUGGACAGCGAGCAGUGAAGAAGAUUAUAGGCCGGUGUACCACAUGUGUUCGACUCAAUACACAAAAGCGUACACAGAUCAUGGGUGAUUUGCCUACCCCUCGAGUGGUACCAUCUCGCCCCUUUACACAUACGGGGGGUGGACUUUACGGGACAUGUUGA